AUGCGUCUUUCUUUAGCUGCCGUUCUUUCCCUGGCUACAAGCUCGCUUGCCGUAGCACUUGUGCCCAGAGACCUCGCCACCUCGUUGAUGAUCCCUAGGGGCGAACCCGCCGGGGCAGGUGAUGGUGGUGGUGAUGCAAAACCCGAAGGCAGCAACGGUGACAUGGGUGCCGACAAGGAUUGCCAAGGUGGUGGUGAUGCGAAGACUGAAGGCAGUUUGAAAGACUGUAAGCAGUUCCGCGUCAAGUCCAAGGGCACCGCCGCCGGCUGGGUUGGUCAGCUGGACAGCGGACAGCUCAGGAUCGGGCUCAAGCCUAUGAACUUCUCCAUGUCGUCCGGCCAGAUCGUCGACGACAAGAAACGUGGCAUGUGGUGGACGCCCCCUACCGACACGCUUCAAUGUGACGUGGGUCAGAAGCCCGACAAGGGUUGGUCAGUCGGCUGUGACGGCAGGAUGUAUUUCCAGGACAUGUCAAAGUACUACCAGUGCGAGGCCGACAACAUGACUUACAACCUUUACAAGAAAAACGGCCAGGCUGGUAAGUGCGGUGAGGUCAGGCUGUACAUAGUUGGAUGCGGUCGUGGUGCAGACAGUGAUAAGGGAGGCGAUGGUGACAAAGGCGGCGAUGGUGACAAAGGCGGCGAUGGUGGCAAAGGUGGCGAUGGUGGUAAAGGCGGCGGCAAAGGAGGCGGCAAACCUUCUCCUCCUUCGAAUGGAACUCAGACCCCUUCGAACGGAACCAAGACCGCUCCGAAUAUCUUCGCUUUGAAGCCGGUUAGGUUGGUGUGA